AGUGUAUAUAAUUCAAAGCACUGUUGUUUGCGUUCAAUUCAAACGGUGCUAUUUUAAAAAUGUGAAGUAGAAAUGAUUGCAAUGAGGUGUUUUUUCCUAGUGUUUACUACACUUUUUUGUAAUGUCUUCUUGGUGUCAGGUCAUCAACUUGUUGCUCAAUCGACAACGGUUGUAGAAAAACCUUCAUUGCCUUUUCCAUUGAAACUAGCACCGUUGUUGAUACCAUUGCUAUUGCUAGGAUUGUCAGCUAUUGGACCUCUUGGGUUGCUAUUUCUAGUUCUAGCUCCCACUUUUUCACCAGUUGCACUAAUUUUGAAAGAAGUUCUUAAAGGGAUUGUGCAGAGUAUUGACCCAAUUGUAGCCCAAUUUGUCAAUUAUGGGCUACUACCACUAGAAGCAAUACCAAGACUACUAGGGCUACUACCUAAAAUUCUUCCAAUUCUUGCAAUACUACCAGCUAUUGGCCCCAUUGGUUUCUUAAUCGUCUCUCGACUAUUAUUAAAACACGAAAUUGUUGAACACUUGUUGGGUAACAAUUUAUCACUCCCGACUUUAAUCAUUUCAGUGAUAAUUUUAACAUUAUUUAGACAUUUUUUGCCAUCAGCUGUCCCUACAGUGUUUCACUUUAUCCGAAUUGUACUAGGGUUAGUGGCCUUGUUACCGGUAUGGAUGCCCAUUGGACCCAUCACUCUAGCAAUAGUACCCACAAUCGCACUUAUUUUAACCCCAAUUGUCACAGCAAUUCGACGAGCCCUAGCACCAAGACACAUUCUACCACUAGUACUACUUUUAGCCCAAAUUUUACCAGCACUAGUACCAAUUUUAGGACCACUUGGGCCUUUAAUGAUUUUACCAAUUGCUCUACUUCUAGGACCUGUUAUUCCAGCCUUGGGUCCACUUCUACUCCCCGUUAUUUUACCUCAUUUACCUAAACCGGUCCAGUCUUUACUAGCACCAUUGAUACCUUUGAUUGCCCCAUUAUUGGGGCCACUUGCACCCUUGCAACCACUUCUAGCACCUUUAACUCCCUUGUUGCCUCUACUAGGACAACUUUUCGUACCUUUACUACUAGCUCCUGUUCUUGGGUUUCUACUACCACAUUUAAAUCCCCUAACAAUUUUACUACUACUUCCGGCACUUCUACCCCACUUGCCUCAUCCUUUGAAACUACUAGUGGAGAAAUUUUUGCCUAAAAUAGCACCGGUGUUGGAGAAAUUAGUACCAUUUAAACCACUACUAGCUCCUCUAGCACCAAUAUUACCCUUGUUGGGUCAACUAGCACCAAUUUUGUUAGUUUUGCCCUUAAUUAUGGCUCUAGGACCGUUAUUACCAAUUCUAGUUCUAGUUUUGCUUCCACAUCUGAUGCCACAUUUCCCACCUAUUAUACAACCGUUUUUGGCCCCUCUCGUGGGUGUCAUUGGUCCAAUUUUACCAUUAAUUAAACCAUUGAAACCACUGAUUGAUCAGUUAGGUCCACUAUUGCCCCUUUUAGCACCAUUUGUACUACCAAUAAUCUUGCCGAUUAUUAUACAAGUACUAGGAAUGUUUCUACCAAUUUUGGCACCAAUUCUACUACCAGUGCUAGUACCACAUUUACCCCCACACGUGAGACCACUUCUUGCCCCAGUACUACCAAUGCUAGAGCCACUAUUAAAAUUACUAGAGCCGUUAAAACCUGCUCUAAAUCCUCUAAUCCCACUAUUCCCUCUACUAGCUCAAGGUUUGAUCCCUAUUUUACUCUUCCCAAUUAUAGCAUUUUUGGGCCCGGUAUUACCGCUACUAGCCCCUGUUUUGCUCCCUUUGCUUAUGCCACAUUUACCAUCGCCAGUCAAACCCUUACUAACACCUCUAUUACCUUUAUUGACACCACUUGCCAAAAUUUUUUCACCCAUAAAACCACUUUUGAAACAUAUAAAUCCCCUAUUGCCUCUACUAGGGCAACUAUUAGUUCCUGCAUUACUUGCCCCUCUUGUGGAGUUUUUGGGACCUUUGUUACCCAUUUUGCUUCCUCUUCUUCUCCCUGCUUUAUUACCAAUGUUGCCAAAACCGAUUCAAACACUAUUGGCUCCAUUAUUGCCACUACUUCAGCCUCUAAUAGCACCAUUUGUGCCUCUAUUAGAGGCCCUAAGGCCAGUUUUAAUGCCCUUGCUUCCGCUACUAGCACCACUAGUACCAAUUCUUAUCCUUGGUCCCAUUUUCUUGCCGAUUCUUGCGUCCCCAAUUGCAGGUCCUUUAGGACCACUCAUUUUGACACUUUUAAUUCCUGUGGUUUUACCAGUUUUGGGUACGAUUCUUGGGCCGCUUGCGCCUCUAGUAGGACCUUUACUAGGGCCUCUAGCUCCAAUCUUGCCAAUUAUUUUAAUAGUUUUGUCAAUUUUGGGGCCAGUUUUAGGGCCAAUUCUUCCAGGUAUUAUAGCACCGUUGUUAUUUCUACCAUUACUAGCAGUUUUAGGUCCUUUAUUAUCACCACUUAUUCCAAUACUUCCGAUUUUAUUGCCCAUACUAUUACUAGCAUCGGUGUUAAUUCCUGGGAUUGGCCCAAUUCUUCUUCCCUUGUUUAUAGCACUAGGGCCGUUAUUGGUUCCAAACUUGGAACCUCUUCUAGGUCCACUUCAACCUAUAGCUCCUCUACUAAUGCUACUAGGACCUUUGUUAUUGCCCAUACUAGGGCCACAUUUAUUACCAAUUAUAGCCCCUCUUCUUGUGCCUAUACUACCAAUACUUAUGGUUUUAGGACCUGCGAUACUUCCAGUUUUAGGACCAGUUCUAGGCCCUGUUUUAAGCCCUAUUCUUGGACCUGUCUUAGGACCAAUUUUGGGACUUCUAAGGCCAAUUUUUGGUCCUCUACUACCAAUUUUAGGCUCUUUGCUCCCUAUGUUAGGGCCGCUACUUUUACCAAUGUUGGCACCACAUUUGUUGCCCUUUUUGCCUAUAUUGCUUUUAGUACUUGGACCCAGAAUAAUGCCUAAAUUGGCGCCUCUGAUGUCACAUCUUGGACCAAAACUAAGCCCUAUUCUCGGACCUUUACUCUUAAUAGGUCCACUUUUAGGUCCAUUGCUUCCACUAAUAUCACUUUUGAUAUUUGUUCCAACAUUACUUUCGACAUUAGGUCCAAUAUUAGCUCCAACUUUGGGAAAAAUUGGUCCAUUUUUGGGUCUCUUGGGGCCAAAACUAAGCCCAAUUCUCCCCAUUCUAGGACCUUUGCUUCUAGUAGGUCCACUUUUAGGUCCUUUGUUUCCAAUUAUUUUACUUUUAGUGAUUGGUCCAAAAUUAUUUCCGGCUCUAGGUCCAAUGUUAGCUCCAACCUUGGGAAAAAUUGGUCCAUUUUUGGGUCCCCUUGGGCCAAAACUCAGUCCACUGCUCCCUAUUCUACCACUCCUACCACUGCUAGGACCUUUACUUCCUAUACUUCUACCGUUGUUAUUAGGUCCUGUAUUAUUUCCAGCAUUAGCACCCAUUUUGGGUUCAAUUGGUCCCAAAAUAAUAAAAAUAAUUGGACCAAUUGUGGAUCUAAUAGCACCAAAAUUAUCCCCUUUACUCCCAAUUCUAGGUCCUUUGUUUGCCCUAGCACCAGUACUUGGGCCCCUAUUUCCAAUUUUACUUUUAGCAGUAAUAUUCCCAGCAUUGUUGCCAAUUUUAGCACAAUUUGGGCCAAUUCUAUUACAUUUACCCGAAAAAAUUCUACCAAUUUUGAUAGAAAUUGGACCAAAAUUGCUUCCAAUGCUACCUGUACUUCUAAUUUUAGGAUUUCUGCUCUUAUUAACACCAAUUCACGGACCAUUGUUGCCGCUAAUACUUCCGUUAAUUUUAACGAUAGGUCCGACGCUAAUUCCGUUAUUGAAAAUGUAAAAAUUUGGCCACUGACCCUAAUUUAAACAAUUAUUUAUAUGUACAAAUAGUAUUUUUUAAUCAUAUUUUAAAGGACGCAAUGUAACAAAUAAAGUUACGCCAAAAAUGA